AUGGAGGAAGCUGCGAGCGCCGGAGCCGUCGAGGCGAUCUCUGGGACAAAGAAGGAGCAGCUCGCAGACGAAGAGUGCAACGCUGCCGCGCCGCCUGCUCCUCUCCAAAAGCCCCCGUAUUCCUACAUCGCUCUGAUCACCAUGGCCAUCCGAGACAGCCCCGAACAGCGCUUGCCCCUGCGCGACAUUUACCGGUACAUCUCCCAGCGGUUCCCUUACUACAAUUUGAGCCAAAAGAGCUGGCAGAACAGCAUCCGGCACAACCUCAGCCUCAACGAGUGUUUCCUGAAGGUGUCCCGGGAGGGAGCCGGGCUCACGGGCAACGACUGGAUGCUGGAUCCAGCCUUCGAAGGCAUGUUUGAGCCGGGGAAUUACCUGCGCCGGAGGUGCGCCCGGAAGCGCUCGCGGGAUCUCGCCCCCGCGCCUCCGCCGACGGCGCCUUAUUUCACCUGCCCGGAGACACCUGCGCCCGCUUACCGACCUUAUCACCCAUAUCCUCAGAGUCCGCUUCCGCCUCCUGCCUAUCUUUUGGGCGGAUCAGGUGUGGCGCAGCCCUUCCAGACUUACCCGGUGAGCGGCUGCCUCCCAGGUAUGGGUCCCGUCGGCGGCUACGGACCCUACCCCAGAUUCCUGCUUCCCGGCGGGGCGGCCCAGCAGCCGCCGAGCCCGGUUGCAGGGGGGCCCGUCGCUCCUUUCCAGUCGUCCCCCGACCUGUCCCUUUGGAGCGGUUGGCAAGAGAGGAUCCCCUGCGCCCGCACGGACUUCUAAAGAGAGGACGACUUGAUUCGGAGCAGCACCUAUGGACAACCUCGGUUGUGUCUCAAGGUUCUAGUCCUGCUUAAGGAAACUACCCGCUACCU